AUGACAACCACAGGCUCUGAAAAAGGUCAACGUUUAGCCAGAGCAACUUACCCUACCUUUUAUAGAAACCGUUUACCCACCCUACAAGAAGUUCUCACAAGAAAAACAGCACCACCGGUAUGCUUAUAUAAUUAUUAUCUUUAUAUGAGAGAUAGAGAACAUUCCUCGGAAUAUUUAGAUUUCUACCUUGAUGUUUUGGAACAUGAAAUAGUAUGUAAAGCUUAUGUAAAAGAUAUAAAAAAACAUGGAAUGGAUGUAAACACCAUAUAUCCUGAUUAUGAAAAAUAUCAACCAGACAGUUUGAAAAAAAAAGAAAAAGAUAAAAGAUUUAGUACAACAAGUAGUGAUGUUAUUGGUAUAAAAAGGAAUUUAAGUGGCUCAUCCAAGGUUUCCAUUGAUAUUCCACCAAACGAAAAACAAACGACAACAACAAAUGAUGUAAAACUUAAAAUGAGAGAUUCUAUCCGUUCAAAUAAAACAAAUACUACUGGAAAUUUUUCAAUUCUUAGUAGGGAUCGGCCAUUCACAAGAGACGAUUUACGAGAUUCAGCAGAACGAAUCUUCUUUAAGUAUAUUAAUCAAGGUUCAGAAAAACAACUAAUGGUUCUGUCUGAUCAUGUAAGAGAAAAAAUAACACAUGCAAUAGAUGAAGAAUCAGACACUAAAUAUAAAAGAGAUGAUCCUUGGAUAUUUCAUGAAGCAAAAAAAGAAAUAUAUUCAUACAUGGAACGUGAGCAUUUUCCUAGAUUUUUACAAGCAAGAGCGUUUAGUAAUAUGAACAUUACACAUAUAAUGUUAAGAUUAGUAAUAGGUCUUGUGUGUCUGUUGAUUGGAUUCGCUGUAGCAUUAAGUUUAAUUUUCUUGGAUAUAAAGCCAAAUGCUGUUCGAUUAUGGAGUUUUAUACCUAUAUUUUUAGGAGUAUUAAAUAUCAUUGUUAAUCAAACAGAACUUAGUCCUCUUUUUGUAUUAUUAAAAAUAAGUGAAACAACACUUUUUAAAUUUCAAAAAAUACAAGAACCAUAUAUUUAUCAAUUACAUAUAAAGAAAGGUAUUCAAGUAUUCUGUGCAAGUUUAAUAAUUUCAAUCAUAGUCACACUGAUUUUUGUAGCGGUUCCUGGGCAUAGAUUAUAG